AUGAAUAUGAACGGUGACUUGGGGCAUCAUACACCCCCCAUACCCGUCUCGGCUCGACCGUUACAUCUCUCGAACGGGCCUGUCCAGACCAGAUCACAGGAAGUUGAAUCGGAGAUGUCGCCUGAAUAUCGCCCAUAUCAAUGGAGCGGUCGUCGAGUGUCUGUAGAAUACAAUCGAUUGAAUAGUCCUGUCUUCACUCCUAUGAUCAGUUCGUCCCCGACUACAAAUCCUCACGCCGGAUUCCACCCUUCUUCGUUCGGCGCAUCUCUCACAUUGACUAACGCCAUUUUGGGCGGGUCAUCGUCAAACACCGCGUCAUCCUUGGGAAUGAGCGUCUCACCACCGCGUUGGCCUCCGGGGAACCCCAAUUGGGGUCCAUCCAAUGGAUUUGUUGGGAGUUUAGGUGGUCAAGAUGUAAACUUUGGUCGGGAACGAGAACGGAAGCUAGAGACGGAAUAUGCCAAUUUUACAUGUUGUGGUAGGCGUCUGGAUGGAUUGCACGAGUUGUUGAAGCACUACGAAGAAGAGCAUGGUAAUAUGGUCCCCGAUCUCCGAAUGGCGAGCAUGGGUAUGGUGCAUCCACCUAUAGCAUCGGCUAUCAAAACUGUUUCUCCUCAAGAUGUACCUGCUGUCGGUGCCACCCACUCGGUGUUACGAGCUCAUCACGGGGAAGUGCCGACACCUCCCGGAGUGAUGGAUAUCGAGAUGGAAGAUUCCACCACACAACCUGAUUUGGCGUCGCUUCUGGCUAAUCGACAUCAUCCCACUCUGAACCCCUCUCCAAACAUCUCACCAGCUACAUGGUCAACUGCUUUCCGACCGCAAGUUAAUACUGGUCUGCCACAGUGUCUUCCACCCAGUCUUCUAUCUUACGCUCCGCCCUUUUCCGCUCCGGCUUCCAGAUCCAGUACCCCGAUCCCCGAUUCAGCUUUGGCAAAGGCGGCCAGAAAAGCUCAUCGCAAGGCAGACAGGAUGGUCGCUCGUGAAGAAGCUUCAGUCAGCGAUGCCGAAGGCGAAAAACGUUUUCCAUGUCCGAUCGAAGGUUGUGGCAAAGUGUACAAACAAUCAAACGGAUUACGUUAUCAUCUCACUCGAUCGAUAAAUUCAGGACACGGCAAUGUUGCGGCUCUUGGAGGUUUGGUUGCCUAUCUUGGAGAACGAGCACAUAUGGUCUUGUACUUUAGAGAUUUUGUAGCUUUGUAA